AUUUGAAUUAAAAUCAACGGCCUAUUAAGGAACUGUACGAAUAAAUUAGAAAUAUUUCAACCAUUUCAAGUGACUGAUUCACCCAAAACAAUCGGCUGUCAAACGUCACCAUCAGAAACGUAAACAAACUUGGGUGGCGUGAAACAAAGCUUCCCACCGCUUGGUCGGCAUUUUCAUGCUGAUCCGAAUAUAUUUGCACAAUACAAGCGUAUUUACCAAAUAAAACACUUACCGAGAGCGGCAAACAGCGAAACAAACACACGACAAAAAGGUUCAGUGUAGGACUGUCGAUAACUGCUUGAUACUUUCACGAUGAUUCCGUUCUACCCUUCGCUGCAACCGUCUGCGGCGUACAACUUUUGGUUUUCCGUUGAUGAGUCGUACGACGAUGAUGCAGAAGUGAAUAACCUGGAAACGGAACACACGGAAUGGCUAAACCGAAUCACCUUAAUCGGACAGGAACUGACGCCAAUUGGCAAAAGUUCCAACGAGCAGCACAUGGAAAACAUGGACACGGAGGAUGAGGAUGCGAACGACGAAAGCGAUGAUUCGGACAAUUCGGACGACGACGAUGACGAUAUGGAUGAUAUGAACAAUACGCGGAACCUGCCGGAUGAAAUUACCGUCGUUACCGGUGGAUACAUGGGGGAUGACACGCACGCAGACACGCUGUAGAAAGGAAUCGCGCGACAAUGUCCUGUCUACUUCCUCUGCUGCGUAUCAUUAUAUUAAGCUUGAGUUGGGUUAAGUUAUCGGUACUGGUACAAUGUAAAAACUUACUUUAAAAUAGAUCAUACGGCCAGUUCAAUUCAAAAUGCGUCGUCUGGAGAGUGUAUCUGCAUCAUUCUAUUUCAUUGUUGCCGGCAGCUAAUGAGAUGCUUCAUCUUCGUUGAUCAUCAAAUCAAUUAAUGUAGCUGUGCGAUUUUUUCGGAUGCAUGCCGUCAGAAGAAAGAUCUGGCAGUCCGUCAUCAUGCUUCAUACUACGAGAGAGAGCUGAUAUUCUCUUCUUGCACUGCUCCCCAUUCCGAGGACGUUCUGUAGAGGCGUUCCGAACAUCGUCGAAUAAAUAUUGUGAUAUUAACAGCAAACCAUAUUAAACAUCCAACACCUUCCCUGUGUACUUCGUGCACCGUCGUCGACUGCUUCAUUUAUUAUUCGUUAUAUACUUUAAGAUUCUAUUCACUAAGUAUGUAUUACUUUAAGGAGGAAAACAGAAAUAAGAUGCUACACGCAGCAGCAUAAUACACGCACGCGUUUUGGCAAAGAAAAGCGCCCCAAAGAAGCUUACCUAGGUAUGGGAGAGUGAGAGUCACCUUCUUUAUAAUACAAAACCGAGAGACAGACACACACACGCUACAACAAUCCAAUGCCAUUUGCCAUAUAUCCAAUGCCAAAAAUAAAACCAUAUUUGUGUGAAGAGAGGGGAGGAGAAAAUACUCAAACCGAAAGUUACUACGAUGAUGGCGCAGAGCACGUGCGCGCCACCAUCAUUUUCUAGCCUGCUUUGAUGUCUUACUCUACACUUAAAGGAUUUGAGAGGAAACGGCAAGUGUAUUGGAGAGGGAGCCAGGACGUUCAAAAUGUGUAUGUGUGUGAAAUAUGGAGUAAACAAAUAUACGUCCACCAUUGACGAUAGCGAGCUUUUUUCGCUUGACUAUUGCAGCAAAGCAAAAAAAAAGUUGAUUGCGUUGGAGAAAAUAUACAAGAACGUUUCGAGAUUUAACGUAUCACUCGCGCGCACACACACACACACCCCACGGGAGUGUGGUAAAAGGGGAGGGGUGAAAUUGUAUCAAAUACUUUUUGUGGUUCACUCGUAUGUACUGUCGCCACUCACAACUUUGCUGUGUCGUUGAAAGGUAGGCCCCCUUGGCCUUCUCUGAUCCGCGCGUCCUACUGCGUGUUUGUGUCGUCGAAUACUCUUCUCUUACCUUCAUCAAGAAGGUAUUUGCUCUCUCUCAUUUUGCAAUGCAAUUGUUUGUAUGUCCUUUUCUCCUCUGUUCGAUCGAUGUCGAUAUACGUUUGUGUGUGUGUAAAACUAUUCAUAAUUCAAAUUUUCCUCAGCAAGUUUCUCGGGUAGUCUAUUGUAAAAUUCUUAUAGUCUGCUUACCAGCUAAUACAGAUUACUUAAUAAAAGUAAUGAAAACAAGAGAA